AUGGCAUCUGUGUUUGGCCGCAGAAGAGCAUUUUCCGCCAUGGGCGGGGAAAAGGCAGGAAAAAACACUAACAUGCAGAAAUACAACAAGAGAAGCGAUUGGAUGAAGGGGCGAGCGGCAAGCAAUCAGCAGCCAGGAGACACGGGGUCUAUACUUGCCUCCUACCAGCCAGGAGACACGGGGUCUAUACUUGUCUCCUACCAGCCAGGAGACACGGGGUCUAUAGUUGUCUCCUACCAGCCAGGAGACACGGGGUCUAUACUUGUCUCCUACCAGCCAGGAGACACGGGGUCUAUAGUUGUCUCCUACCAGCCAGGAGACACGGGGUCUAUAGUUGUCUCCUACCAGUCAGGAGACACGGGGUCUAUAGUUGUCUCCUACCAGCCCGGAGACACGGGGUCUAUACUUGUCUCCUACCAGCCAGGAGACACGGGGUCUAUAGUUGUCUCCUACCAGCCAGGAGACACGGGGUCUAUAGUUGUCUCCUACCAGCCAGGAGACACGGGGUCUAUAGUUGUCUCCUACCAGCCCGGAGACACGGGGUCUAUACUUGUCUCCUACCAGCCAGGAGACACGGGGUCUAUAGUUGUCUCCUACCAGCCAGGAGACACGGGGUCUAUAGUUGUCUCCUACCAGCCAGGAGACACGGGGUCUAUAGUUGUCUCCUACCAGCCAGGAGACACGGGGUCUAUAGUUGUCUCCUACCAGCCAGGAGACACGGGGUCUAUAGUUGUCUCCUACCAGCCAGGAGACACGGGGUCUAUACUUGUCUCCUACCAGCCAGGAGACACGGGGUCUAUAGUUGUCUCCUACCAGCCAGGAGACACUGGGUCUAUAGUUGUCUCCUACCAGCCAGGAGACACGGGGUCUAUAGUUGUCUCCUACCAACCAGGAGACACGGGGUCUAUAGUUGUCUCCUACCAGCCAGGAGACACCGGGUCUAUAGUUGUCUCCUACCAGCCAGGAGACACGGGGUCUAUAGUUGUCUCCUACCAGCCAGGAGACACGGGGUCUAUACUUGUCUCCUACCAGCCAGGAGACACUGGGUCUAUAGUUGUCUCCUACCAGCCAGGAGACACGGGGUCUAUAGUUGUCUCCUACCAGCCAGGAGACACUGGGUCUAUACUUGUCUCUUACCAGCCAGGAGGCACGGGGUCUAUACUUGUCUCCUACCAGCCACGAGGCACGGGGUCUAUACUAGUCUCCUACCAGCCAGGAGACACGGGGUUUAUACUUGUCUCCUACCAGCCAGGAGACACGGGGUCUAUACUAGUCUCCUACCAGCCAGGAGACACUGGAUUUAUAGUUGUCUCCUAUAGUUUAUAG